CUCAGCGGCGGAGGGAGGAGCGCGGCUGCGGGCGGGCGGCGAGCGAGGCGCUCAAAGUCAGCCUCGCAGACAUUGCAGCAGAGCCCCGAACUCGGGAGGCGGCGGUGGCGGCGGCGGCGGAGGAGGAGGCGGCGGCCGAGGCGGAGGGACGACCCGGCCCCACGCCCGCCCGCGCGCCCGCACGCCCGCCCGUGGCCUCGCGUCCGCCGCUGCGCUCGGCAGUGCUGCCGGUCGGAGGCAAGAGCUCGCUGGGGCGCCGAGGGAGGACGAGGCGGCGGGGCGCCUUCGCGGAGUGAGCCUGCCGGAGCCCCGGGCUCGGAGCCGCGGCGGCCUCCGAGUGUUUGGAUUGUGAGCAAUUUAAGCUCUAUCCUCAGGAUCCAUUAUUUUAACAUUUGGGAGAAACACAUCCAGAAGAUACACACUAGAUUGAAGGAGGAGUGGGGAAUCUGAAGACUCCAAAUGGCAUCAGAGCUACUUUUCAACAGCCUUCUCAGUUUCCUUUCUCAGAAAGCAGAGACUCAAUCCUUGGAGACAGACGAACACUGAUAUUUGCAUUUAUUGUGGAACGAAAGGUGAAGAAGGAGAAGCAGUACAUUCGCUAAGGAUUCUGUCUGCUUGCUGCUGCAGACCUGUGUGUUGAGGAAUUCUGCUGCUGCUUCUUGCUUGGGAGUUAUCAACUCUGCAGUCAGGCUGCGUUGGGAGUCUGCCUGCCUUUUGUCUCGUCAUUGCCAACCAGCAGACCAAUCCCGGUCAGAACGGAACAGUACACCUCUGUCUAAUUACUAUGGAAGGUGAGAAACCGACAUUCACUAAUUGAAGUUACAUCUCACUCACCCACAGAACACCAUUCUUCAAAGUGAAUAGAAACCAAGCCUUUGUGAACACUUCUGUUGAACAUGACUCAUGGAGAAGAGCUUGGCUCUGAUGUGCACCAGGAUUCUAUUGUUUUAACUUACCUAGAAGGAUUACUAAUGCAUCAGGCAGCAGAGGGAUCAGGUACUGCCAUCGACAGAAAGUCUGCUGGCUGUAAUGAAGAAGAUCAGAACUUUCACAUUUCUGGUAAUGCAUAUCCCACCUGUCAAAGUAAUGGUCCAGUUCUCAAUACACAUACAUAUCAGGGAUCUGGCAUGCUGCAUCUCAAAAAAGCCAGACUCUUGCAGUCUUCUGAGGAUUGGAAUGCAGCGAAGCGGAAGAGGCUGUCUGAUUCCAUCGUAAAUUUAAACGUAAAGAAGGAAGCUUUGCUGGCUGGCAUGGCUGACAGUGUGCCCAAAGGCAAACAGGAUAACACGGUACUGGCCUCUUUGCUUCAGUCGUUCAGCUCUAGGCUGCAGACUGUUGCUCUGUCACAACAGAUUAGGCAGAGCCUCAAGGAGCAAGGAUACGCCCUCAGUCAUAACUCUCUAAAAGUGGAGAAAGAUUUAAGGUGCUACGGUGUCGCAUCAAGUCACUUAAAAACUUUGCUGAAGAAAAGUAAAGCUAAAGAUCAGAAGCCUGACACCAGUCUCCCUGACGUAACUAAGAACCUCAUCAGAGAUAGGUUCGUAGAGUCACCUCAUCAUGUGGGACAGAGUGGCACAAAGGUCAUAAGUGAGCCCUUGUCAUGUGCUGCAAGAUUACAGGCUGUCGCAAGCAUGGUGGAAAAGAGGGCUAGUCCUGCCACUUCACCCAAACCAAGUGUUGCUUGUAGCCAAUUAGCAUUACUCCUUUCAAGCGAAGCCCAUUUACAGCAGUAUUCUCGAGAACACGCUUUAAAAACACAAAAUGCAAAUCAGGCGGCAAGUGAAAGACUUGCUGCUAUGGCCAGAUUACAAGAAAAUGGCCAGAAGGAUGUGGGCAGUUUCCAAUUCUCUAAAGGAAUGUCGAGCCAUCUUAAUGGUCAGGCAAGAGCAUCAUCAAACAAACUAAUGGCUAGCAAAAGUACAACAUUUCAAAAUCCGAUGGGUAUUGUUCCUUCUCCCCCAAAAAAUGCAGGCUAUAAGAACUCACUGGAAAGAAGCAAUGCAAAACAAGCUGCUAAUAACAGUUUGCUUUUACAUCUUCUUAAAAGCCAGACCACACCUAAGCCGAUGAACGGACACAAUCAGAGUGAGAAAGGAAGCCUUUUUGAGGAGGGCAGUACACCUACAACGAUUGAUGAAUACUCAGAUAACAAUCCUAGUUUUACAGAUGAUAGCAGUGGUGAUGAAAGUUCAUAUUCCAACUGUGUUCCCAUAGACUUGUCUUGCAAACACCGAAUCGAAAAACCAGAACCUGACCGGCCUGUUUCUCUGGAUAACUUAACUCAGUCCUUGCUAAACACUUGGGAUCCAAAAGUCCCCGAAGUAGAUAUCAAAGAAGAUCAAGAUACCUCAAAGAAUUCUAAGCUAAAUGCGCACCAGAAAGUAACCCUUCUUCAGUUGCUACUUGGCCAUAAGAAUGAAGAAAAUGUAGAAAGAAACAGCAGCCCUCAGGAACCACACAGUGAUGGGACAAAGUUCAGCACACAUAAUUACACGCGGACUUCUGUCAUAGAAAGCCCUAGUACCAGCAGGACUACUCCAGUGAGCACUCCACCAUUACUUGCAUCCACCAAAGCCGAGUCUCCCAUCAACCUUUCCCAACACUCUCUGGUCAUCAAAUGGAAUUCCCCACCGUAUGCCUGUGGCCCUCAGUCUGAAAAGCCAGCGAAUACCGCAUCGAACCACUUGAUGGACCUUACAAAAAGCAAAGAAUCGCAAGGGGAGAAACCAGUCCAAAAUGAAGGCACGCAGAACUCUGCCACUUUCAGUGCCAGUAAACUGUUACAAAAUUUAGCGCAAUGUGGAAUGCAGUCUUCCGUGUCAGGGGAAGAGCAGAGACCCAGUAAACAGCUGCUGAGUGUAAACACAGAGAAACCUACAGGUAUGACUGAUAGACUAAAUAGCCCUCUGCUCUCAAAUAAAACAAAUGCAGUUGAAGAAAAUAAAGCAUUUGGCAGUCACGCAACAGGUCCUGAACCAGGACUCUCUGGUUCUGAAAUAGAAAAUCUGCUUGAAAGGCGCACCGUCCUCCAGUUGCUGCUGGGAAACCCCAACAAAGGGAAGCCCGAAAAGAAAGAGAAGAUGCCCUUAAGAGAUGAAAGUACUCAGGAACAUACAGAUAGAGCUUUAAGUGAACAAAUACUGAUGGUGAAAAUAAAAUCUGAGCCUUGCGAUGACUUGCAUACGCAUACCACAAAUGUGCCCUUGAGCCACGACGCUCAGGGCCCCCCCUUCUUAGGCGUGGCUCCUGCCUUGCCGGGAAGCACAGCUGUCUUACCAGCAUCCGAGGACUUCAAAUCGGAGCCCGUCUCACCUCAGGAUUUUUCUUUCUCUAAGAACGGUCUGCUAAGUCGACUGCUGAGACAAAACCAAGAGAGUCACCUGGCUGAUGACCUGGACAGCAGUCACAGAAAUAGUGAACUGACACUUCUAGAAUCAAAGAAUCUUUGCAUGGUCCCUAAGAAAAGGAAGCUUCAUACUGAGCCGUUAGAAAAUCCAUUUAAAAAGAUGAAAAAUAACAUAGUCGAUGCUGCAAACAGCCACAGUGCCCCGAAGGUGCUGUAUGGGUCCUUGCUUAACCAGCAAGAGCUGAAGCUUAGCAGAAACGAUCUUGAGUUUAAAUAUCCUGCCAGUCAUGGUUCAGCCAGUGAAAGUGAGCCCAGGAAUUGGGCCAGAGAGAGCAAAAGCUUCAACGUCCUGAAACAGCUGCUUCUCUCGGAAAACUGUGUGAGAGAUUUGUCUCAGCACAGGAGUAACUCUGUCGUCGACAGUAAAAAAAAAGGACACAGAAACAGUGUGACCAAUAGCAAGCCUGAAUUCAGCGUUUCUUCUUUAAACGGACUGAUGUACAGUGCUGCUCAGCCCAGCAGCUGCAUGGGCCACAGGACAUUUCCAUACCCAGGUGUAGGAAAGCCUCCUGUGAGCCCCCCUUUCCCUGAGCGCUUGGGCUGCGCAGGAUCUAGACCAGAACCUGGGCUUGCGAAUGGGUGUUCCGUGCCCAGUGAGAAGGGACCCAUCAAGUGGGUUAUCACAGAUGUGGAUAAGAGUGAGUAUGAGAAAGACUCUCCGAGACUGACCAAAACUAACCCAAUACUGUAUUACAUGCUCCAGAAAGGAGGCAAUUCUGUUACCAGUCGAGAAACACAGGACAAGGACAUGUGGAGGGAGCCUUCAUCUGCUGAAAGUAUCUCACAGGUUACAAUCAAAGAAGAGCUACUUCCUGCUGCAGACACUAAAGCUUCUUUCUUUAAUUUAAGAAGCACUUACAAUAGCCAUAUGGGAAAUAACGCCUCUCGCCCACACAGUGCAAAUGGAGAAGUUUAUGGACUUCUGGGAAACAUGCUAACAAUAAAAAAGGAAUCAGAAUAAAAUGUACCUGCCAUCCAUCUUUGGAUCUUUUUAAAACUAACUAGUAUGAACUUGAGAUCUGUAUAAAUAAGCGCAUGAUUUGAGAAAAGCAUGGUAUAAAUUGAAACUUUUUCAUUUGGAAAAGAAUUGGUUACUGUGAUGUUUCAAUAUGCAUACUACUUCUUGCUUUACAUUAGAUGUCAUGAGGAAGCUGCUGAACUAGCAAUUGGUUGUUUAACACCCUCUUAUGCAUCAGACAACAACUGUGAGUAGCCCAUGAAUGAUAUUCUUUUCUAAUCAUAAAUAAUAGGCGUACAUUAAAAUGUGAAUCUCCACCCACAGUGGAUUAAUGCAUUGCUGCCUUUAUUAGGGUACUUUAUUUUGCUUUUCAGAAGUUAGCCUACAUAACACGUUUUUUUAAAGUCCAAAUUGUUAAAUAAUAACUCCUUAAAGGAUAAUUAUUGAAUCAAAACACCUAAUACUGAUUCAUUUUUUCAGUUCAAAAACAAAUUAGAAAAAAAUAUGCUUACAUUUUUCACUUUUGCUAAAAAAAAAAAAAAAGAAAAACACAUUUAUUUUUAAUUCUUGGAAGGGGUUUUGUGGUUCCUCAAUGUGUCUGCCCCACCCCAAUCCUUUUCAAUAUACUAUAUUUCUUUAAACCUUGUACUACUUAGUAAACAUUGAUUACAAUUGAUGGAAGUUUGAUAGAUCUUUAAAAAAAGGCAGAUUUCCAUUUUUGUAUUUUAACUACUUUACUAAAUUAAUAUUCCUCCUUUUACAGAAUUAGGAAAGUUAACAUGUAUCUUCAGGUGGUUUCCUGAAUAGUUGAAAUAAGAAGUUGUUUUUAACAAGCAAAAUGGCUUUUCUUUGGACAAUUUUCACCAUCUCUUGUAAAAGCUACUUCUCACCGUUUCUGUGGUACCUGUGAGUCUUAUGACCAGGGUUUCUUAAAGUUGGACUCAGACCACCUGCAUUAGAAUCAUCUGGAGCACUUGUUUUAAAAUGCAGAUUCCUAGGCAGCAUCUCAGAUCUACAGAACAAGAAUCUCUGCUAAGUGGACCUGGGAAUCUUCCUUCUGCAUCUUAAUAUACUCCCUAGGUGUUUUCUUCUGCACACUGAAAUUUGAAUUUUGAAAAUUGAAACCAUUGCCUAUGACUUUUCUCAACACAGGAUUGUGAACAAACUAUUUGAUGCCUAUAUUUUCCCCAGUACAGUCACACAUCAACUCAAAAUUUGCAAUAUUGUACUUCAUAUAUUACUGUUAUGUCUUUGGAAAUCGGGUUCAGAAUACUUUUUAUGACAAAAAAAAAUCGGGUGGAGGGGACAACUUUCAUAUUUGGCUCAACAUCUCAGGAAAAUCUGUGAUUAUUUGUGUGUUCUAAUGAGUAACAUCUACUUAAUUAGCCUUAGGGAUGGAAUAACAGGGCCACUUACCAAACUCAGGUGAUUCCAGGAUGGUUUGGCAACUCCUCCUGAAUACAUCCUUAACUUCUAUUAAAACCAUUGUCCUAAGAACAGUGCUGACAAAGAUGAAAACAUUUAUUUCAAACCCAAGAAAGGCACUGAACUCAGAUUGACUAAACAAAAAAGUACAAAGGGCACAUAUACAUGACAGAUUUGUGCACAGUCACUCCAUCGGAUCUGUUAUUUUAAAAUAGUGAUUAAAAGUAAACAUUGAUGUUUUCUUGGAAGAACUUAAUGUAUUAUUGAGCCGCAUGGGGUUUCUAUCUUGAAACAAGUCCAUGCUUUUCAGUUCAGUUUUUACAAUCCACAGUUCUUUCACCAGAUAUUUUUGGUUUUAAUUGUGAACUGAGUUAGCAACUGACCUAUCAAAAAAUUGUUAUAUAAUCGACUAUUAAUUAGAAGGAAAUCUAUUUGAAAUUGUUCUACUUGAGGUUGUUUCUAAGAUUUUUAUAUUAAAAAUGGGCGUUAUUUCCUAAUAUGAUCUAAAACCCUAAAUGAUUAUUUUUUUUUUCUCAAAAUAAUUUGUAAAUAGUUACUGGAUAUAUUAUAAAAUAAUAGGAGUGAAUAUUAUGCUACAUCAUGAAAAUUCCACUGGCCAGUGAAGAUAUUCAGCUCCAUCCCAUCUUUAUUCUGUGACAAUCUUAUUGUCUACACUGUAUAAAUAAGCUUUUAAACAAGUCAUUUUUUUCUGCCAUUGUGAAAGGUCUGGAGCCUUAGAAGUAUGCUAGAAAAAAUAUUGAUACUCCCCCCUUGGUUCGGGGAAAAUGGGCUUUUACAAGGGGGUGAAAUUUAGGUCAGGAAAAAGAACAUCAAGGGCCAGCGUUGCUUUUUUUUUGUCUCUUUGGUUGGUCAGUUGUUUUUUUGUUGUUAUUACUGUUGUCAACAGUCAAAGAAACGAAGGUAUGUCAUAUAUAAAUAAACAUGACCACCAAGAAAGCUGUUCUGAUUUACUAGAGUAUCCCCAAUUUGAGUUUAGUAUGAUUUUAAAGAAAAGCGGUGAGAAAGGGCCUACAUCCAUAAAUGCACUUCAUUUAUGCAUAUGUAGAUACAAGGAUGCACAUAUACACAUUUUCAAGGACUAUUUUAGAUAUCUAGACAAUUUCUUCCUGAUAAAGUCAUUUGUGAAAGGGUACUACAGCUCUCAUUGACAUCAGUAAGGUAGCAUUACCUGUUUAUUCUCUGCUGCAUCUUACAGAAGAGUAAA